CCUCCUUGGAUGACGGUUGUAUGUAAUGCAAAGAACCUUUUCUGUCAAAUACAAGUGAGGCGCAGAAGUGAAAGUAAAUCAACCGAGGAAAACAAGCUAGAAGCAGAGAUCAACAAGAUGGCUUCAAACGUCCCACAGUCUGAGGCAGAGUGCACAUGUCCUGUGUGCUGUGACAUAUUUACUGAUCCUGUUCUGUUGCUGUGUGGCCACAGCUUCUGCCAACACUGCUUACAGGAGUGGUGGAGACAGAGCUCACUGAGAACAUGCCCUGUCUGUAAGGAAAUGUUUCAUUUGACUCAGCCGCCUCGAAAUCUGGCCCUGAGAAACCUGUCUCACUCAUUGAAGCAGGAGAGGAGAAAGAGAGCUGGAUCCAAGGAGAUUUGUUUAUUGCAUGGUGAGAAGUUCAAACUCUUCUGUCAGGUCGAUCAACAACCCAUCUGUGUGAUUUGCCGGGAUUCGAAAACACACACAAAACACAAAUGUGUUCCCAUUAAUGAAGCAGCAGAGGAGUACCGUGUUAAAAUCCAGAUAAAUGUUAACAGCCUGAAAACUAAGCAGAAAGUUUUUGAGUCGCAAAAAAGUAAUUGGGAGAAGAUGGCCACCCUCAUCAUGCUACAGGCUCAGCAGACGGAGAAAACCAUCAGAGGAGAGUUUCAGAAACUUUAUCACUUCCUGAGCAAAGAGGAGGCAGGUCGGAUAGAUGCGUGUCGGAGAGAAGCAAAACUUAAGAGUGACUCAAUGAAUGUCAGGAUUAUAAACCUAACUGCAGAGAUUUCUGAGCUCAUGGAAAAAAUCAAAACCAUAGAAGAUCAGAUGAGAGCAGAAGACCUCUCAUUCAUCCUGAGUGCAAAAUCAACACUGGAAAGAUCGCUGUGCAAGCUGCAACAACCAGAGACCCCAGAAGGAUGUCUGAUUGAUGUGGGUCAGCAUGUUGGAAACCUUCAGUUUUCAGUCUUAAAAAAGAUGGCUGAAAUAUUAAAAUACACCCCUGUGUUUUUGGAUCCUAACACUUGUUGUUGGUCUCUGACUGUAUCAGAGAACUUAAUCAGUUCAACAAAAAGUGAUAAGAAUCAGCCAGGUUACCCCAACCCAGAGAGAAUGGGUUGUCGUGAACUUCUCGGCUAUCAAGGUUUUAACUCUGGUAGACACAGCUGGGAUGUAGAGGUGGAGGUGGGUGAUUUCUGGGCUGUGGGUGUGGCUGAUAAAACUACGAAGGACAGAUGGGCCAUGUACAUUUGUGUUUGUACCGGUGUUCUACGUAACCUUAACAAAAUGGAUUAUAUCACUGAAAUAAAAGUAGAAGCUCUACCUCAGAAAGUCAGAGUGCAGUUAAAUUAUAACGAAGGAAUAAUUUCAUUUUUUGACCUUGAUAGAAAAAAAACAGUUCAUGCCAUCAAAUACAGCUUCACAGAAACAGUCUUUCCAUACUUUUGUGGCAGUGUAAAAAUUUUACCAUCUGAUACAAGCGUGAGCAUUGGGAGAACCCGUGGCCAUCUCAAUUACAUGUUGCUCCAAUCUUAAAGGCAGCUCAAAAUAGCAGAAUGAGUCUUUGAAACAGAUUUUUUUUUUCUGGUGUAGAUGUAUGACCACACUUUUAAAUCUUGAAGUUCUUGAUAAACUGCAAACUUGCAACAGAUUGUUGCUUCAAACAAGAAAGGUCUGAAGCAGCAAACCUUGCUUCAAACCUUGUUGCUACCCUAACUCUAAUCCUCCAAUGUUUGUAGUGACAAGUAAAAUGUGUACUUUGAGUUAGCAUAAAGUGAACUCUAUUUCAUUGUUAUUUACUGUUCCUAAUUUUUAUCUAUAUCUACUUUGCUUCAUUAACAUGACAGGUAUCCAGCAGUGAUGUACAGUUGUAUAAAGCAGGACAGAAAGCUUCAGACUGUCAGCAAACUGUCUUAAGUGACAGUUUGCUAUGCUUUAGAUAUGAUCUGCAAGUAAAAUACAUUUAAAAAAAUCAACACUUGCUAGUGUGAAUACCUACAAUAUCACUACAGUGUCCCAUAUAUCUGGCUGCAUGUAUAAUUUAUGCAGAUUUGUGAAGUUUUUCUAAUCUUGUCUGGGGCCACAGUUUAUACCAAAAUGAUCUUUAACAGAUUUAGUUUUAAAAGACUUUAUUUUUAUUUAAAUGAGACUUUUCUCAAAAGAUCAAAAACAAUUUCAACUCUGAAAAAAAUGCUAUUUUUCUUCACAUUUGAGUAAGAAUGUCACCUCAAAAAUUACAUAUUCCUCUCUUAAGAAACAUAAGAAAAAUCUUUAUUUGUGUUAUAGCAAUCAUUACCUCAUCCUAAUUGCUGACAAGCUUUUGCAUUUUUCCACAUACAUUUUGUCUUUGAUAAUGAACUCCAAGUCUUUGAGACUGGAAGGUCUAUAACUUUCUACUUCAUUUUGUUCUUUAUGGCCACCCUGUGAGUGCAAGUUGCUCGAUAAUCCUGCAGCUCAAGAUAGGCAUUGCUGGAGGAUAUUUCUAAUCUUUUUUUUGUUUGUUUUUAAUUAUUUUUAUUUUACAUUUGCAUAUCCUCCUCCCAGCAUAUGUUUUCCAUAUUCAUGGAGGAAAACUCACAAAAUUUAGAAACUGAAUGCUGCUUUUCCAUGUUUGGUUCUGGAGAUGCAGAGUAGAAUUGUGGAAGGUUGAUACAAUCACAAUCGAUCUUUAAUGUGUUUCAGUUCUAACGCUGUUGUUGUAACAGUCUUAUAGACCCCUCAGGUCUUUUGGUUCUGGUCUGCUCUGCAUCCCCAGAACCAGAAACAAACACUGAGAAGCAGCAUUCAGUUUCUAUGCAA